CAAGUUAGUGCACACUCGUUACUGAGUGUUUAGACAAGUUUGCUUUGAGUAUCAGUAUGGAGGCGGAAGAGUCUUGCUUAUAGGUAGAGAAAUCAGUACUAAGUUAUGUACUUUGAGGUCUUCUAGUGUACGCAACCGCUUACUUUUACGUGUUGCAACGGCAAGAAUUCUGUCAUUUGAAUGGCACAUCGUAGACAUUCGGAAUCGAUUGCGAUUGGUAUAAAUUUGUAAAAUAAGUCACGAUGAACAACUUGUCCUUUGACGAUCCGUCGCUGGAGAGCUUGGACCCAAGCAUCUCACUCGGCGAUCCCAGCGACAUUGACACAGCGCUGUUGAGCGACAUUGAUGACAUGCUGCAGUAUCUGAACCAUGAUAUGGAGUUUCCGGGACUAUUUGAGCAACAGCAGUUUGGUGGCGUUGCUCCGCCCCCGGACCUUCCUCCGCCCUCCCAUGCCACCUCCUCUCCCUCAUCUCCAUCUUCCUCCUCCACCUCCUCGUCUCCCCGAAAGCCUGGCAGUACCCCUCACCUGGAUGCCCUGUUGGGCCCGCCCACUGUCCCCAGCUCCACUCCCCCUUCCAAGGCACUCCAGUCCCCUCCUGCCUUCCAGCAGCCGGCGCCCCUUCCCCCGGCCCUGUGCCCCCUCGUCCCGACCCCUCCUGCUAAGCCGGGCCCAGCGGUGCGUCCUGCCAAGAUGCAGCCGAGCCCGGCAGCCCUGCACCCCGUGAGCCAGCCGGUGCUGAUCCACCCUGCGGCGGGGAUGGCCCAGGUGAUUAGCAGCAGCACGCAGGCGCUCUUCACCUCUGCCGCUCCGUCAGCGCAGCAGCUGGCGUCUGCGCAGACCGGCUACACCAAUCAGAACGCAUUCACAGCUGUCAGUCAAGGAAGCCCCGCCCAGCCCUCUCCCAGUUUGGCCACCUCACCUCAGCACAUCCAGCCAGUGACCAUCCAGACUCAGGUGCAGGGAGUGCCGGCUCAGCCCCUCCUGGCCACUGCGUCGAGCCCUCCUAUGCAGGCCAUAUCGCCACACGUCCAGCAGGUCCCUGUGCUCCUCCAGCCCCAGUUCUUCAAGGCUGACUCCCUUGUGUUGACUGCUUUGAAGCCUGAAGGGGGCAGUGUGGUGACGACUGUGACAUCGCCCUGCAUCACAACCCUGGCCACCUCCACGUCUUCUGUCCAGAGCACUUCGCUUCAGGCCCUGAUGAACGGCGGCACCAUCCUGACCACGGUGCCCGUCGUGAUGGAUGCCGAGAAGCUGCCAAUCAACCGCCUCGCCGUGGGCUGCAAGGCCACAGGCUUGCCCCCCAAGGGCGAGAAGAGGACCGCCCAUAAUGCCAUCGAGAAGCGCUACAGGUCUUCCAUCAACGACAAGAUCCUCGAGCUCAAAGACCUGGUGGCUGGAACGGAAGCCAAACUGAACAAAUCAGCCGUGCUUAGGAAGGCCAUCGACUACAUCCGCUUCCUCCAGCAAUCCAACCAGAAGCUGAAGCAGGAGAACAUGGCUCUGAAGAUGACAUCCCAGAAGAACAUGUCCCUCAAAGGCCUGGUGGCCAUGGAGGUGGAUGACCCGCCAUGCAGCGUGAAGAGCGAGAUGCCCACACCGCCCCCCUCAGACGUGGGCUCGCCUAGGGACAGCAGCCCCUUCUCCCACUGCAGCAGUGACUCGGAGCCUGACAGCCCCAUGGGGGAUGAGACCAAGGUGCCGGUGAAGCCGGACGCCGCCCCCCCCGGCCGGCGGGGCAUGCUUGACCGCUCUCGGAUGGCCCUCUGUACCUUCGCUUUCCUGUUUCUCUCCCUGAACCCGUUGGCUUCCCUGCUGUACGGGGGGGUGGCCACCAGAGGCUCCCCGGGCGCUGCUGGGCAUGCUGGGAAAAGUCGGAGCAUUCUGGGCCAGUUCGGAGAAGUGGAGACAGCCGGCUGGCUUGACUGGAUGCUGCCCACCCUAUUCGUCUGGCUCCUGAACGUGGUUCUGGUGGCACUCGUCCUGAUCCGGCUGCUGGUGUACGGCGAACCGGUGACCAGGCCCCACUCGAGCUCUUCUGUGCUCUUCUGGAGGCACCGCAAGCAGGCCGACCUGGACCUUGCCCGGGGUGACUUUGCCCAAGCCUCCCAGAACCUGUGGACCUGCCUGAAGGCUCUGGGCCGGCCUCUACCCACCUCCCAGCUGGACCUGGCCUGCGCAACCUUGUGGGCGGCACUGCGCCUCUUCUUGCAGCGCCUGUGGGUGGGCCGCUGGCUGGCGGGUAGGGCUGGCGGCCUGCGUUCGGAUCGCCCCCUUCAGGAGGAUGCCCGCAAGAGCAGCCGCGACGGCGCCCUGGUCUACCACCGGCUUCACCAGCUGCACAUGACUGGCAAGCUGGGCGGUGGCCACCUGUCGGCAAUUCACAUGGCUCUGAGCGCGGUGAAUCUGGCGGAGUGCGCCGGCGACUGCUUGCCCGUGGCCACGCUGGCCGAGGUGUACGUGUCGGCCGCCCUGCGCGUCAAGGCCAGCCUGCCGAGGGCACUGCACUUCACCGCAAGGCUGUUCCUGAGCAGUGCCCGGCAGGCCUGCCUCUCCCCCAGUGGCAGCGUCCCCCCCGCCAUGCAGUGGCUCUGCCACCCUCUGGGGCACCGUUUCUUCGUGGACGGCGACUGGACCGUGCGCAGCAUCCCCAAGGAGAGCAUCUACAGCCAGGCCGGCAACACGGUCGACCCGUUGGCCCAAGUGACCCAGGCGUUCCGGGAGCACCUGCUGGAGAAGGCGCUGUACUGCAUGGCCCAGCCACAGGGGGAGUCGACGGCCAGUAGCAGCGAGGGAGACUAUGCUGACGCCCUGGAGUACCUCCAGCUACUGACCAGCUCCUCAGACGCAGCCGGGGCCACGACGCAGUCCUUCGCCGUGGGGUCCAACAUGGCCACCGUCACCGGGUGUGACCCGCACUCCAAAUGGUGGUCCCAAGUUGUGGUGGUCAUGAUAAACUGGCUGCAGGGUGACGACGGCGCCGCCGAGAGGCUGUACCCGGCGGUGGAGCACCUGCCGAAGAGUCUGCAGGCUGCUGAGAGCCCCUUACCCAGAGCCGCUCUCAGUGUGUUCCGAGCAGUGCGCACCCUGCUGGCCAAACCGGAGAACUAUCAGCUGAGCCUCAGCCACAGUGAGCGGGCCAGUUGCCUGCUUAGGGACCACCUACACUUGGGCCCCCCCUGUCACAGCAACAACAUUGACAAGGCUCUGCAGCUGCUCCUGUGUGACCUCCUCCUGGUAACCCGCACCAACGUGUGGCGCCAGCAGCAGAGCGCAGUGGCUGGUGCCCAGCAGCAGGGGGCGGUGCAGGCCUCGGCGUUGGAGCUGCAUGGCUUCCAGCAGGACCUGAGCUCACUGAGGAAGCUGGCGCAGAGCUUCCGGCCAGCCAUGCGCAGGCUGUUCCUGCACGAGGCCACGGCGCGCCUGAUGGCGGGGGCCAGUCCCACGCGCACCCACCAGCUCCUAGACCGCAGCCUGAGGAGACGCGCCACCCCCGGGGCAGAGGAGAGUGAGACCCGCCCGGGGCAGCGGGAGCAGGCGGAAGCGGUGAUGUUGGCGUGCCGCUACCUGCCCCCGUCCUUCCUGUCGGCGCCGGGGCAGCGCGUGGGCAUGCUGGCGGACGCCGCCCGCACCCUGGAGAAGCUGGGCGACAAGCGCACCCUCCACGACUGCCAGCAGAUGAUCAUCAGACUGGGCAGCGGCACCACUGUCACGUCCACCUAGAACCUUGCAUGGACACCCCCACACACACACCCCCCCCCUCCCACACACACACACCCCCCCCACACACACACACACACACACCCCCCCCACACACACACACACACACCCCCCCCCCCACACACACACACACACACACACACACAUGUUCCGAUACUGUCUCUCCUUCACACACCUUUCUUUCCCCCCCCCGUGAGAUCAUUUGAACCUAUGAAGUGACUCCAAACAGUCCGGUACUCAUUUGUCUGUGUUGCAAGUCGCCCCCCCCCAGGUCGACGUGAGACGGUUCUUCCCGAUCGCAGCGUGCCCCUGUCUUACCUGAGUCUCCUGGUUCCAUACACCAGCGAGUGCUCAGAGUGUUCUGGGCCGGCUGAGCUUCUCGGGGUCGCCAGUACCUUUGCGGAUCGCGACACGGCUUGAGUGCCGCGGUGUCGCAGUUGUUCACUGAUAUACAUGGAUGUGGGCUCGCUGCAUUCCAGCCUUCCUUUAAACCAUGCAGUUGCAUUUAGUUGGCUACAGCGUGACAUAAAUGCAUCGUGUCUUCCUCCGUUCUGCAAAUCUUCCGGAAAGCGCCAUUACGCAACUGAAACAGCUGCCCUGAAGUUAGCGACCUGCGUUGAUACGGUUGCUACGUGGAAACAAUUCGGAUUAAAACACAAUCAGCACAUACACUCGCUCGCUAAAGCUCACACAUACUGGGGAGACACAGGAGCUGUUUGUUUGAAAUCUGUGCCAUUUCAGUUUAAUGCCCGCUAUAUUGGCUAGGGAGCUACUUCAGAGGGUCGUGAUUGGCUGUAGCUUUGACUUUAAAUUGUCGACGUAUUAGGCUCAAGCGACAUGGUUCCCCAUUAGCAUAAAGUUAAUGUUUACAGAUACAAACCUCUUGCUACCCUAGUGAACGAUAUUGCUGUCAUCGUUAAUACACAGUUCUGGUCUCCGUGUGGCAUGAUGGAAUCACCAGCUGUGGAUUUGCAGAAACGGUAUUCCCAGCAUGCAGUGGGAGGGGGGGGGGGGGGGGGGGUCAUCAGCCUUUUUUUUUUCCUACGGGAAAGUGCCCAGCUGUAUUGCUGGAUUAAUCAGGUCACGUAUGUUUGUCGUCUGUACGUGGAAUAAACAUACGUUACUGCAUGUGUUGUGGGGAAGCUUAGUGGGGUGUAUUUGCCCCUCACACUAGUUUUCAGGUUCGAAAUUGAUUGCAGGUGCAGACCCCCCCCCCCCCCCCCCCAGACGGUCAUUAGAAUGUACUAGCAGGGAUGCCUCAUCUCUGUCCUGUGACUGUCACACGUCAUACAUGGGAACCACCUCAGAGGUCACGUUUGAUGAAGAGCUAAAAAUAGCUACAAAUAAUAACAUCAUUAAAAAUAAUAAUUAAAAAAAAAAAAAAAGCUUUUCUUAAGCUUG